AUGUCUCACCACAAACACUCACAUCACGGCCACUCGCACGACUCGUCCGCGCCCAAGCCCUCCGCAGCCGGUACCAAUGCAACCGCAGACGCCCUUCAAGCAUCCGUCCUCCCCGUCGCAACCCCUUUCAUCGGCGCCAACACUGCCCACUCUCUCGCCACCGCCGCCGGAGAGGCACCUUCGACAAUCCCCAAGGCUGCGGGCACAGGAGCAGCAGCGGCGUCAUUGGAGGGUCAUAACAAGGUCAUUGUUGUCUUCAAGAAGGAGACCCCUGCGAGUGAGAUCGAAGCUGCCGUCAAAGAUGUUGAGUCCAAAGGUGGAAAGGUUACACAUAGAUAUGACGCGGCGCUGUUGGGGUUCUCGGCCGAGAUGCCAGAUGUUUCUGUGUCGUCGUUGAACUCGCACAAGCACGUCGACUACAUCGAGCCCGAUGGCGAGGUCAGCAUCUAUGCCAAGAGCCUCCUCAGCGGCGAUAAAAAGUGA